CGAGUCCCUAUGGCUAGGCUUUGAAUGAAGAAAUGGGAGCAUACCGCAAUGACCUUCAGUGAACACGUGGAAGCACAACGAGAUUUCGAUUCCUGUGACGAAGGACUGGAUUGCACGUGCUUGAUUUAAAUUUAAUGAUAAUAAAUAAAUAAAAUAAAAUAAAAUAACAAGGUUUAUGAUCACUCCUGCCGUGUAAGGACAGAGACCAGCGAGCCGCGUUGGAUUUACUUCAACAACCAUCCGAUUCCGACGACAGUGGUCACAGCCAUCAGAUCCCGACAACCGGAGCUAGACAAGCAGUCGCGGUCACCAGCCAUCAGAUCCCGACGACAGUGGUCACCAGCCAUCAGAUCCCGACAACAGUGGUCACAGCCAUCAGAUCAGAUUCCGACAACAGUGGAUGACACGUGGAAUGAUGAGCCACUGACACGUGUCGCUCUCCUGCUUUACCUGAUCACUUCGGAAGCGUCAAGGUCUCUCUCUCCUGCUACCUUAUCCUAAUCGUCGUCAUUGGGAUUGACACGUGGCGCUCGCUGAAGUGUUGGGUUUGGAUGUGUUCUUGUUCUCCCCUUGUGAUGAUUAUGGGCUUAUGGGAUACCCGCCCACUUAUCCCCCCCUCUUUCCCCCCCCCUCCUUGAUGAUCAUGGGCCAGUCAAUUAUCGCCCCUCCCCUUCCCCUUGAUGAUUACAUGCUUAUCGGGUUUGGGAGGAACAGGACAACUGCGAUAUAACCUCCCCCCAACCCCCCGACUCCCCCCCCCCAAAAAAAAAUAAAAAAAUAAAAAAAUAAAAAAAUAAAAACCCUCCCCCCCCCAAAUCCCCCCCCCCGGGCCCCACACGACCCCGUGAUUCUGUGCAGUAAAGAAGGGUGACAUGGCGGCAGUCAAAUGGGACCCCUCUUCGCGGAGACGGCCUGCACAUCUGACACGUGGCCGCCAGCAUCGCAAUUUCGGAUGUGCCCUCGAAACAUGUGGAAUAUUCAGCAGUAUGUUCAUGGUUCUAGCCAUUGUCGUUUUCUACCUGGGUAAACUCGAUUCCUCUGGUACCGGUGAUAAUUGGCUGAUUGCUGCUGACAAUCCUGAUGCGGGACUUGGGGCUCCAAACCUUCAUCAUCUCCAUGGCCGUCUACCUGCUGGUGCCGGGGGGACCCUUGGGACCCUCGGGACCAGCGGGACCACGGGGACACGUGCGGGGACAAGCGGAAAAGAGGGGACAUUCUUGGCUGAGGGACUUGGAGGGCUGUUACAGGGAGAGGCAGGAAAUAAAGAAGGGUUGCACGGAUUUGACCCUAGGAACAGAAAGCUGGGCCUUUUCACGUUGCGCAAUGCGGUGGGGACCACCAUGGCUAACCUCAGCCUGAGGGGCUAUGCUUCCAAAGUGUCAGGUGUCUUUGGUUUCGGCGCCGGAUGGAAUCAGACGAAGAUUAUGAACCAGUUGUUGGGAAUAGAAACGAUGGAGGAGGAAGAAGAGGGAGAGGAGAAGGAGCGAGAGGGAGAGGCCAAGGAUGAUCUUGAUGUGAGUGUCGAGAUCCUUAAUGACCCGGACAUGAAUGGAACGAUUGAUGACAUCAUUACAAGGACGGAUGGCACGAGAACGAUGGCGCUUCUUCAGGAUCCAGAUAGCGAUAUAGAAAACCCUCUACCUCCUGGGGGAAAUGGAGGAGUAGUAGGAGUAGGAGUAGGAGGAGGAGGAGGAGGAGGAGGAGGAGUAGGAGUAGGAGGAGGAGUAGGAGGAGGAGGAGGAGGAGGAGGAUCGGUGAUGAAUGAGAAGAAGGUGCAAGAAUGGAUUCCUGGGUUUACGAAGACAGACAGGGUGGUUGCUGCAGCGAUCAGGAAGUUUGUGUCGUCAGAGGACAAGAGGAGUGGGCUGUUGACUGCGAUCUCGACGGAGGAAGGGUUUUCAGAAGAGGGGUUUUCAGGGGGGGGUAAUCAGUUUUGGGGGGGGUCUGGAGAUAAGAUUUUGGAUUUGAAUAGGACUGGAGAGGAGGUGGGAAACUACCCUGGUAUUGAAGGAAACAAAAGCUUUGUGGAAUUCAUGGGCGCGUUUAUGAUGAAUGCCUCCUGUUCCAUCAGAGUGUUUUCUGCAUGGGUCACCCCAGCUUCUGGUUUCUCCAUUCGCAAUCGGAGGACUAUCGAAAGUGUUCUGAAGGUUCAUCCGCAUGCCUGUGUGGUCGUAUACUCGCCAACACUGGCAUUGCUGAAAUUCAACUCGUUUGUGAAGAAAGGGUAUCGAGUGGCAGUGGUGAGGCCAGAUGUGGAGGAGCUGGCCAGAGGAACAGAAGCCUGGAACUGGGUGAAGGAGUUCAACCACUGGAGGCAUGCAAAGACAUUCCUGAUUCAUGUAAAGGAGCUCAUACGGCUCACAACACUCUACAAAUAUGGCGGAGUCUAUCUUGACAUGGACGUCGUGCUAAUGAAGCCGCUGCAAGGGUUCCGUAAUUUGAUUGGCUGUUCAGUGGAGAAGGGGGAGCCCCCUCAAUGGGAGAAAUUGAAUGGGGCAGUCAUGAUCUUCGACAAGGAGAGCGAGUUUAUUGCAGAGUGUCUGAAAGGUCUGAAUGAGUUCUACCGGGAGUCAAAGCUGGAGCCUAACGGUACACGAGAUUUGCUGAGCGAGGUCGCUCGGCGAUUGACGCGAGAAGAAGGGUGGUCCUCAAAUGAAGAGAGAUUGCACAUUGCCAGUGUGUGGAUGUUCUCCCCUGUACACUGGAAGAAGAUCCAUAAGUAUUUUGAGCUGGCAGAAGGGCAAGAGAUGAGAAGAAGGGAGAAACUCCUCCGACGACGGAUGCAAUGGCGAACAUUCGCAUUUCAUCAUUGGCACAAGAUGACCACCACCCUUGUUCCUGCUAAAGGAAGCCUGAUGGACUUCAUUCUCAAUGACUUCUGCAUUCAUUGCAAUGACGUAAUUCGAAGAGAUGAUUCUGACUUAUAGCAAGUGGGAACCGCGUGGAAGCGUGGAAGCGUGCUGUCGUGCAUUCCCUUGCUAAGGCAGUGAGGUGAAGUGGGGACCACCGUUAACAAUUGACAGUAGAUGUGAGAGGGCGCCAAGUGAAGUGCGCACUACAGAGAGCUGAUCCCCGCCUUUUUAUCAAUCCAGACUUUCUUCGACGAAGGGAAGGGACACUUGCCAAACAUGGAUGAAGAGACAAGGCUGACAGUUGUCCAUUGCUAUGUGCAUGGUGCAUUGUGUAUGAAAUGAGUCAGUCCUAAGGCAGUAUCGCAAGGCACGAGGCCCUCGGCCGCGGUUGGAAAGGUUCUGGGCCCACGGGAAACAGUUUGACCCCACCCUCAGUGAAGGUGGGUCCUUGAAAAUGCGACGAGGCCUGAAAACAGGCCAAUGUGGGUGAGCAGGGCCUCUCGUGGGUUGGUUGCUGGACGCAGCAUUUGCACGCAACGCACGGCAGCCAUAGCCAGGGGAGCUUCAAGUGGUGGACCUUGGUGGAGGGAGCAUGUGGGGGAAGACGGGGGGUGAACGCAGUGCAAGGGCGCUCACCUGGUGAUGUCGGGGCAGUGCAGCCAGAGCCGGAGUCUUCAUUCGUCACCGGGCUGCUGAUCUUCACGAAGACGUGUUUGUCGUCAAUAGGGAGUCCUGGGUUAUAGAUGCUGUCUGUCGGGGAGGUUGAAGUGGUGGUCCUUGGUGGAGGGAGAACGUGGAGGAAGACGAGGGGUGAGCGGAGCGAAAGGGCGCUUGGCGGGUGAUGGUGGGGGCAGAGCGGCCAUAGACGGAGUCUUCAUUCGUCACAAAGUCGUAAAAAUAUUUAAUAAUCAAAUUAUCCUUCGGCCUAGCUUUCAAGUUUCCAGUGGUGAUCUUAUUUCUAUUCAACAAAAUUGCAAUUCGCUGCGGAUGUUCACGAAGACCUGUUGUUGUCGAUAGGGAGUCCUAGGUCACAGGUGUUGUCUGUUGGGAAGCUUCAAGGGGUGGUCCUUGGUGGAGGCAGCACGUGGGGGAAGACGAGGGGUGAACGGAGCCCAAUGGCGCUUGGCUGGUGAUGCCGGGGCAGAGCGGCCAGAGCCGGAGUCGUCAUUCGUCACCAGGCUGCUGAUCUUCACGAAGACGUGUUGUCGUCAAUAGGGAGUCCAAGGCCAUAGGUGCUGCCUGUCUGUAGUCUGGGCGCUGAGCGCCGCGUAGGAGAGCGACGUUGGAGACAUUGAUGUUGGAGGCGAGGAGAGGGCUUUCAUUGCCAAUCGGCUUCAUUGCUUUCCUCUUAUUCGGUGUAUCUCAUGUUGCAUUCUGCUUUCAGUACGAGCACAUGACGAUCUGGAUUUCGACUGGAUGAUGCAAUUUGGUUUCUGACUUCCUGUCAUAAACUUCGCUCAUUUUCCUUGCAAUACCAACGGAAUGAUAAUAAAGUAGCCUAUAGUAG